AUGGAAUUUGAAGGAUUCCAGAGAUGCAUGUAUUUUCUCCUGGGUGAACGCAUGGAUGUUUCAACAUUUGUCUCUGAUAGACAUCAGCAAAUUGCCAAAUACAUGAGAGAAAAACGUCCUAAAACAAUACAUUAUUUUGUCAUAUGGCACUUGAAAAAGAAGUUGCACAAGGUCUUGACUAAGUUGGAUAUGGAAACAGAUGGAGAGGAAUUAGCAGAAUGGGUCCAACCAUGCAUCAAUCAUUUGUGUGCCACCUCCACACAUUCUGGAAAUGGUAGAAUCAUAGUUGCAAAAUUCAAGUCAUUCCUCAGUCAUAUAGUUGACAAGCAUGAUGGAUUGGAUGAUCCACUAUAUAACCAGUGUGCUCAUGGUGAACUGACACCAAGAAAGUGGAUAUUACCUGGUAUAUAUAACAUUCGGUGCAAUGCUGAAACUUCAUUUGUGAAUGGAAUUAAACAAGCCUCACCAUUAGACCAAACAAGUUGUUUAGAGGGUUUCCACUCUGUGGUAAAUCAGUUUGCCCCCAAAAUGAAUGCUUACUCAUUUAGUGGUAUUUAUUGCAGACACAUCCUGGUAACAAUUCAUUUCAAUGCCAACCUGUCUCGAAAAGUGAAAACUAAAAAAGAUGGUACACAACAAGUGAAGGUAUCCUACCCCAAAUUUAAAAAUGGUGAUGCUACAGUACAAGAAACAAAAGUAGAUCAAAACUUUGGUAAGAAAAUGAGUGGUGGACUGUGUUCUAAUAUUGCAAAUAAUCUUUAG